AUGCCGUAUGUUAAUUCCGGUAAGUCUAUUCUGUAAAUUUAAAUUCUAUUUAUUGAUUUUUAAGUUAUGCUAUGAAACUUUAAAAUAUUGAUUUUAAUUUCAGAAGGUGAAGUUGUAAACAAUGAGCCAGCUCUUAAAUCCGUAUAUAAAUUUUUCUUUGAGCUUUACAUUGGAGUUAUGUUAUUGUGAGUUAUUUUUGUUUUGUUAUUUUUUAGUGACUGUUUUAUAAUGUGUUACAAUUUAGUUUUCGAACAUUAUUUGGACCAUUAUUAGGAACGACAGUUUCUGAUCCAGACGAGCAAGAUCGAUUUAGAAGCUCCAUGGGCCGAAGAAAUGGAGGCGGCGGAGGAGGAGGCGGAUGGCCUGGACGACCAGGUGGUAGGUUUAUAACCGUGAAAGUAAUUGAUUGUGAACGUGUUUUUUUAGUUAAAUUUUUUUUGACUUUCGAUAAGGUACAUAUUUAAGGCGGUGGUCGUCGUCCUAUCGGUCGCCUUAACAAUACAACAACAAAUAUUCCAUCCUGCGCUUCUGGUGGAUGUUGCGGAGGUUAA